UAAGUCUAGGGACCCGCAACAUUCGCACAUUAUCGUUCACUUAUCGUGGUGACAGACAAACCGUAAUAACAUUAACAAACAAUCCGUCAAAAUGGGAGGGGGUCAAAGUGUAUUUUCAGAGCAAGAAUUGAACGAUUAUCAGGAGCUGACAUAUUUCACCAAAAAAGAAAUUCUUCAUGUUUACAAAAGAUUUUCUCUGCUUAAUCCUGAUGCUGUGAGUAAGGACAAAAAUGCCAAAUUGGGGCGAGAUGAAAUUCUUGACCUACCAGAGUUAAAGGUGAAUCCAUUCAAGGACCGUAUCUGUCAGGUGUUUUCCUCCAGCAAAGAUGGCGACAUGACAUUUGAAGAUUUCCUUGAUAUGAUGUCUGUCUUCAGCGACAAUGCCCCGAAGAGUGUAAAAGUUGAAUACGCCUUCAGGAUAUAUGAUUUUGAUGAGGAUGACAUGAUAUCAAGCAAGGACCUGAAAGAGGUCGUGGACAGACUGACGGGUGAACAGACACUUGAAAACGAGGACAUGCAGCAGCUCAUUGACAAUAUAUUUGAGGAGGCUGAUCUGGAUGAUGAUGACUCGCUUUCCUUCGCCGAGUUUGAACAUGUCAUCUCCAAGGCCCCUGACUUUGUCAACUCAUUCAGAAUCCGGUUGUAAGGAAAACAGAGUUUGAAGAAAUCCAAACAUCCUGUGAAUAACUGUCCAACACCAAUAACUGUGAUAUAAAACAUAGAAUUUAUCCCAUACCCAUUUAUGUGCUGCGAUAACAUUUAAUUAAAAAAAAUAGUUAAGAUCAUUUUCUUAAGCAGAAUGUUGUCUUGUGUUCACACACCAUGCAUCCUAAUUUGUGUGUAAUAUGUAUCAUUAUAGAUGCAAUGAAAUCAAACUAACAUGCAGUGUGGCCAAAAAUAAAUGUUUUUUGUUAUCUUUUGAACACCAAUAUUACUGUUAUUUUCAUUUAUUUAACAUUUAUUUAACAUUUGGCAUUUACUUAUAUUUAUGUUACAAGGUUUCGUAGAUGUGAUAAUCAACCUGGUUAAUGGCUUUUAUUUUCAUCAAACUUUCUAUUCAUUUAUUUCUCAAUCAUUAUUUGUGUACACUAUUAUAAACGUUCAAUUAGAAACAUACUGUUUAUUCAGAUGUUCUAAAAACAUUUUCAAUUGUUCAUAGUAAUUUUAAAGCAUUUUCAACCUCAUUUUUUAACCUCAACAAAUUGUCCGAAAGAUGUAAUACUUUUCAAAUUCAGUAAUAAAUGUGAACAGUUUUAAAUGAGAUGAUACCUCUCUGUCAGAUAAAACAGCACAAACUUUUUAAUUUGGUGACAUACAUAAGAAAUGAGAAUACCCUUUCAAGUACCGGUAUUGUUUUCUUUCUUUUUAAAACAGUGUGGUAUCUUUAGUGUUCAUGUCAUCAUUUCACUUGAAAGUUGCUGGUUGACUUUCUUUUCAGCACAGUUUGUACAGUUUCAGUGUGUUUAGCUGUAGCUAGUGUUCCUUCAUCUUCUUUUUAUUUCUUGCAUAACUUUUUUCUUUUUUUUUUGUCAGUUACAGCCUUAAAUUUUUUAUUUUAGCAGGUUCAUGUUCUGUAAACAAGAUCUUUCAAAUGUCAUGAAAUGAUAUAAAAAGCGAAAUUAAAUACACGAUAGAAAUGUCAUCAUAAUUAUGAACUAGUAAAUUUAAUAGCAAAGAAAAAAGAACUUGUACACAGUUUAAAAUUACCGUAUAUUGUAUAAGAUUGUAUUUUGCUGUAUAUUUAAAGCUGACUACAUUUUAAUAUUCAGUUAUUUGUAAUGUAUCUUGCACAUUAUUUUAUUUGUUAUCAUGUAAAAUAUCUAAUUCAAUGUUAUACUUUUCUAAUAAACCAUAGAUCUGAAAAAAA